CCCAAGCCCAUCGAGCUGUGCCCGUUUUCAUGGUGUCGACUUGAGCUUCGCCAAGCCUGAGUCCAGAUUCGUCUACUACAUGGUGGCUUCGAUCGACAAGCCCUUGACGAGAUCCAGGACGGCACCGUCGUGAUGAGGAAGCGAGAGCAGGGCACAUCGUGCAGUUGCUGGAUCUGCUCUUCUCGGCGCGGAUCAGUCCAAGACCCUGCCGCCUUGGCCUUUGCCUUUGCCUUUGUUCUAUCACCGGCGCAUCGUGGCCUUCAGGAGAAUGCGAAGGCUGGGACUCAGUCGACUCAUGGGAAGGUUGAAGGAGUUGAUCGUGUGCGUGAAGCUGAUCACCCGAAGAAGCCAGCGAAACAAGCUGAGGCGGCUUCAGAUAUUUGCAGCCGGACAAGUAGUCGAGGCUUUUUGCCAACGCUGCCACUUUCUGGCCAAAGGCCGUGCUCGCAGAAGCUCAUUGACGGCCAUCCUGCAGGAGGGCCGGAGACAACCUCUUUCGACCUUGUCUUCGCUGCCAGCUGCAAAUCCCUCCGCGUACGGUCCGCCAAGCUGGGAGGCCAACCAAACGCUGCUUGAGUUCAUCGAUCUUCUUUCUUUUGCCACGCUGGGCAAGGGGGCUGGUCGCACCUUGCUUCACUUGCCAAAGCUUGACCUGAAGGAAGAUGGAGAAGACUGAGCCGAGUGAGCCGAGCUUCAAUCUACAGAAAACCACGACCCCCAAAACCUUCUUGAAAAAACUCAGUCUCAACAGCGCCUGGCGGCUGGCGGAUGAAGACCAGGCCACACGCAACAUGUAGCCGGGCACCGUAGGCGCUCACAGUUC